CUCCCUGUCUCCCUCUGUCUCUCUGAAGGUGGGGGCAGAGAGCUAUUAGCUGUGCGCUGCAAACAUCAUUAGGAGGGGAGACGCUUUCCACCGUCAGCGCCGGAGCAGAGCAGGGGAGCCCUGGCAACAAGGAGAGACACAAACUCAGCAGCCCGUUACACCCUACAGGAAUGGUGACAGCACCUCCAGACAGACAGACGUGGACAGACGGCGCAGGCACCCGGAACGCUUCCCUCCCAUUGGUGGAGAGAUCCAGACUUCACACAAGGAACUGCAACUCCAGUCGGUUGUCAGCUCUCAACUGAGCAGCAGGCUCCACCUACUCCGCCCAAGUAGCUCUGCCUCCUCUGCUCAGGGAGUGCUGAGUCCCUGAGUCAACACACUGCAUUCUGGGAUAGUCUGGAACCCUCUCCAUGGGCUGUACCACCUGCUGACAAACCAGGGGGGUCUGGAGGAGUUGUGUUGAAUGAGGAUUGUGCUGGGUGUGGGCAGGCUUGCUUUUGCAAGGAAAUGAUUCCGCAUGAAGUGCGACGCACUCGGCCCCCCGUCGUCCUCGGCGGCAGCAGCAGGUGUGACGUCGUGACUCUCUCCCCUACCACACUGAGCUCACCCUUCAGCCGCUAAAGACCUCUGGACCAAACAGACCGCCCUACCCCUCCCCUCUAACCACCCCCUCCAUAUCUUCAUCUCCAUCUUUAAUCCUUCCUCACCUGCUUGUUAGGGCCUGGAUUUUCUUUGUUAUCAAGAAAAGACCUGAUAAUCAACGGCCUUGGGUGAACUGUAUAGAGAGGGAAAGAGAGAAAAGAUUGGGAAGUUAAUUCAUAGCUAAUUAAAGAGAGACAAGGGACAGAACAUCAAAAGUGAGAAAAAGAGACAGGAAGGUGAAAUAAAAAGUUAGAGAGAGAGAGAGUGAGAGAACAAAAAAGAAAGAAAAAGCUAUAGAAGUCAAAAAGUUAAGAAAAGAUAAAGCAAGUACAGUUGAGGGACGUGAGGCGAAGUCAGCAUGAAGUCCAACCAGGAACGCAGUAAUGAAUGUCUGCCCCCAAAGAAGAGGGAGAUCCCCUCAAGCACAUUACCAUCUGACAAUCGCUCGCCAACCAUCCCACCUGCCAGUGACAGCCAGCGCACAGAGAACAUGGCCUGGCUUGCCAGCGUGGCUGGUGGGAAUGAGAGUGGCGUGGGUGGACACCGUAGCUCCAGUCAGUCUGACGGCCUACAGUAUAAAUCCCUCUUCUCCACAUCAGACUCUUCAUCCUCAUCUUCCUCACUGAGGCUAGUAUCAUCUCUUCCCACAGUGUAUACGUCCCCUCUAUCACAGUCCACAGUUGGAGGAACUGUCCAUUAUGCCCAACUGCCUCCCAACCUGCAGUUCAUAGCCUCAUCCUACACUGCCCCAUACGCAGGCUACAUUUCCCCUCAACUGCUCCCACCUCCUCCUCCACCUCCACCUCCCCCCCUCUCCUCCUCGUCCUCCUCUUUGGCUGCACAGAGACACUCACACACAGAGACAGUCUCUGCUCCUUCGCACGCCUCCAAACAUGACCAGCAAAGAGCAUCCACGGGGCGCACUUCCAUGCCUCCACCCUCCACAGACCCCGCCCCUCAUCAUGUUCUAAUGUCAACCUCCCCACGAACUGUGCCGUCACCUCAUCACCAAGCAGGUGUUCACCUUCCUCCCCAGUCGCUGCACCACCACCAUACUUUGGGACAUGGGAUGUCCCAGCUUGUGGUGCAGUAUACAGACGGACCCACUAGGAAAGAGGAAGGUGGCUCCAGACCUAGAGAGCUCCAUAAUGGAGAGCUGGAAAGGGGGCGACGGUUUGGAGCAUCCCCUGAGUCGAGCCUCUCCAAGCCAGGGAGCAAAUCACGGGACGGCGCUUCAUCUUUGUCGUCCUAUGAGACCCGCCAGCUGGUUCUGCAUUCAGACUACUCUACUCACGAUCCCUCAGGGCUGAGAACCUCUCUCAUGCUAAUGCCUAACAGCCAUGGGGACCACCAGCUGGUACCACCCAGAGCCAGCCCUGAGAAGCUGACAUCCUCUGCCCCCGCACACCUGGAGAAAGGUGGCAUCAUCCUGGGCAAGCCUGUCAAUCGCACACCCUCCUCCUCCAACACCACCUCCUCUUUCACGUUUCCGCCCCCAUUAAGUGUCGACAGCCUGAAAGCUGCUGUCAGCACCAUGUCGCCACAGACCGUUAUCCAGACCACCCACAGCGCUACAGAGUCACUGUCAAUGGGGCUCCCCUCCACCAGUAUCUACCCUCAGCCACCUAUCAUUGGUUACAUUGCAGGGGGCAGUGGGAGCCAACAUACGCCAAUCAGCUACCACACCAGCCUACAACAACACUUACUCAUUCCUGGCGCUCAACCUGUCAUCAUCCCUGUUAGUGGUAGUGGAGUCACAACGUUAGAACCUGUAACCUCCCACGUAACAUCAUCCACCCAAGCCGCACCAUUUCCUACCACACUCCCACACACGUACAUUGCUGCCACUGCCCCCAAAGGAGAAACUCUAGAAACGGCCAGCGGUUCGUAUCACCAGGCCGCUCCAGGUGCAGUGGUCCAAGCCCAGCUUCAUCUCCCCAUUGUUCCCGCUCCGCCGGGGCUCGUCGCUCCUUCUGCUCCUCCUCCCCCAUCCAGUACGGUGGUGCCACCUUCACUCCCCCCGUAUUUCAUCAAGGGCUCCAUCAUCCAGCUGGCUGACGGGGAGCUGAAACGUGUGGAGGACCUGAAGACAGAGGACUUCAUCCAGAGUGCAGAGAUCAGCAGCGAGCUGAAGAUUGACUCAUCCACAGUGGAGCGCAUUGAAGGGAGCCACACCUCACCCAACUUUGCUGUGGUUCAGUUCUCUGUUGGUGAGCACCGUGCGCAGGUGAGUGUGGAGGUCUUGGUGGAGUACCCCUUCUUCGUCUUUGGCCAAGGCUGGUCUUCAUGCUGCCCCGACCGGACCACCCAGCUUCUGGAGCUGCCUUGCACCAAGCUCUCUGUGGGCGAUGUUUGUAUUUCACUCACCCUCAAGAACCUGAGGAACGGAUCCCUGAAGAAGACUCAGCCCCUGGAGCUGGCCACCCCUGCCUCCAGCCACGGGCACCUCAAACCCCCCAGAGCUGUCUCAGAUGCUCCCCAAAGCUGCAGUGGAGGAGGCUCCAGGCACAGCGAGCGGGAGAAUGGCAUCAGCCAGCGAGGGAGGGACAGAAGUGGGAACGGGAGUGGAGAGGGCACCAAUGUGGAAAAUGGGGAUCUCAUGUUUGGGGAAGGAGGGUCAAUUUCGAAAGGUCAGGUUGUCAGCGGCGCAGAAGCUGGCUCCAUUAAGCCGUCAGGAGGCAGGAAGCGGAGAUGGUCUGCCCCUGAGGGUCGAAAAGUAGAAAAAUCAGAAGAGGAGCCGCCCUUGACCCUGCCCAAACCUUCCUUCAUCCCUCAUGAGGUGAAAGUCAGCAUCGAGGGAAGGUCAAAUAUUGGCAAGUGAAGGCUAGCAGGUUAAAUAACUUUGGGAUUUGGAAAAAAACAUAAAAGGAGUCUACAAAAAAAAAACACGAUUGCCCACAUUAAUGUUUCAUUUGUCAUGGUUUUAAAGUUUUGUUUUCCGUUUUUAUUUUUCUAUCUUGAAAACUGUACUGUAGAGGUAAAUUCACCCUACAUGGUAUCACCUUACGUUAAGUCCGUGUAGUUAAUAACACUUUUUUUUUUUAUGGAUGGAUUUGAUAUCACACAAGCAAUCAGUGCCGUUUUGGUGGUUUUCAUGAGAUGACUUAUGGUGAGGGAUUUGCGAGGAUUUGCUAAAUGUUUAUUGGUGGCUGUGUGGCACACGGGAGCAACGCUUGAUGGCUCUUCUUGGCUGGCUACACAUUAUGUAAAUUUCAAAUUGAAUUAGCUCACAGUUUGCCUCUUGGCAGAGAUAUCACUCCCUGUGCACUGCUAGUGAGGCUGGCUGGAUGAAAACACUUUCCCACCACCUCUUGGCGUGCCAGCGGUUUUACACUGGGCCACAGGAGUCAUAUAAUGUCAGCUGAUCCUAAGCAUGAAGGAUUUAUGGGGGAAAUUUUUCAGUUUCUAAAUCAGAGUGUGAGUUGGACAGGCAUCUUAAACGCACCAUGUGUUUUUACAGUGUCAACAGGGUGUGCCAGACCUGACCAGUGAUGUCAUCAGGUGGUGCCAGUGUGCUACACAAAAGAGAGGGAGCAACACUUACUCUGUUCAGUUUGAUGACAGUGGAGUCUUUCACCUUGAGCAUUUUCAUUUGAAUUUUUUUUUUCAUAAACCCCUCAUCUUCUGUCUCACCAGAUCUUUGUUUUCAAUGAUUGUCAACAACCUUAAUCAGGGGUCAUUUAGUCCUAGAUGGAACCUAGGUGGGUCAAUGUUAAUGUACAAAUGUGAGAUACCCUAACCUAAUACAUACAAGUGCAAACACACUGGGUUGGCGAACCUUACUUCGAGAAAAUGUUAAGAGGAAGACUGCAUACAGUCCUCAUCGUUUUUUGAUGAAUUACUUUAUAUUUUUUUACAGAGAAAGGCUGUGUGAGAGGAACCGAGAGAAUCUGCACGUCAGUUCUGAGAGGGUCAGGAUGUUUCAAAGCACUUAAUACACCUGUCACACUCACCAUACAGCCGACAAAAUUUUUGUUGUCUCUUUAUUUACGCAGUACUGUAUGUUUUAGAUUUUUUUUUUUUUUUAUUUAGACGAGGGUAGAAAGUAGCUACAGCACUUUGGAAAGGUGAAGCUUUUGGAAAAGUGAAGGGGUGGUCUGGUAAUGUGGGAGCGGAUGUGCCAUGGAAUCACAAAGAAAGGGAUGAUUUUGACAGGUAUUAGAGAACAAUUCCAGUUAGAAGAUGGUUUAAGAAACAUUUAUGAUGACAAAAGGAAUUGGAAAUAUGAGGGGUUUUCAGCAUGUGUGCUUGUACUGCCAGCCAGCCAUACAAAAGUUUGGGGAAAGUAUUGGAAUGUGUUUUGAAAGUUUGGGAUCUGGCAUAAGAAUUAAUAAGAAACAGGCUUUUGAAAUAUCCCAGUGAUGUUCUGUACAAGACUGAGAGCAUCGAUUAGAAGCUCACGCCACAUCAUUUUGAAGGGUGUCAUAUAUUUGUAAUCUGUGUGUGUGUGUGUGCGCUAGAGUGUGCAUGAUGCUGAUCUGUGUCUGUCUGUACCCACACAUGCUUACACAAACACAGAACAGUACAGACCAUCCCUGAAACCUAUAAUAUGUACUGUAUUUAGAUGGAUGCAGAUACUUUGUGGUGCAUAUUGUCCCUACUGCAAAGACACUAGUUGACUGACAUUGGAUUGAUGCACACUGCUAACAGUACAGUUGUAGAGAGUGCUCUGUGGUGUGUUUGUGUACGUGUGUGAGUUUGUGUGUGAGUGUGAGUGUAUGUAUACUGUGUAUAGGAAAAGGUUAUACUCAUUUGAUAUAUAGAAAAUGCUAAAUGUCCAGUGUUUCUACUUGGAGUCGUACUUAAGAGAAUCUUGCAAUUUGCACAUCAGGAGGAGGGAGAAAGGUGGAGACGUGAUUUUUUUUUUUUAAACCGCCCUGUCCUGAAACGAGCCCUAGACCACGUGACACACUGGAGGAGACCAGGGUUUUUGUUCCUCAACAGGCACUUGUCACAUUGUAGAGGAAAAGUUUCUACAUCGACGCAGUUAAGGUCAAAUUACAUUUGAGGUUUUACAAACGUAACCAGAGCUGUAAACCAGAAUUUUAACACGUGCCUGCCUACUGAAUUUACUGACUUUUAGUUAAAGAUAUACAAUUAGUAGUGUAUCUGAAGGAAAAUUUAGACGUUUAUGUCCACUGUUCCUGCUGUUGAAACCAGGGUGUAGGGACUAGGGUUCAGUUUGAACAAGGCCUGUGCUUUCAGCCAGCUGAAACCCUAAUCUGCUAAUAUGCAGCAGUUACCUCAACAGAUAUGCCUGCUUGGUUGGCCUGACAUUUAGAGUUUUGUAAGCAGCUGACUCAGUAGCUGAACAUCCUCAUAGGCUCUCUUUGGUCCGUGAAACCCAAGUUCUGGUCUUUUUCUGAGCUCGGUUUUUGAGGUGUAAUGUGAAGUGUGUUUUAGGGCUGACCCGAAUGCUUUGAAGUUUCAAUCGUGCUAAUUUUGUGACUGACUCGCUCUCGUCUAACAUCAAUCACCAGCAGUCCAGCACCACUGAAACUGAGACCGUUAAACCUCUUGUGACACACUCACAGAUACACUUGCAAGAUGUCAAACAUGUCAAGUGUCUGGAAUAGUUUUAAAAUUUGUGACGAUGACCCCAGUGCACCCACUGGAAAAGCAUAAAUAACAGUUCAGCCAUUUUGCAAAAUGUGGCUUGCUGUCACGUUAAUUUAGGUGCAUUGACUGAUGUCCGUAGUUCCUUUUACAGUGCCUGUUCAAGGUGGGCAUAUUGCCCCGUUAUUUUGCCUUGCAGUUCUGUUUAAAAGGUACGAUCGCAGAAUAGGGCGACAGAGUUGUCUCACCUCUGAGCCGGGAAUGGAGGUAGUAACAGUGCCGAAACGAUGUCUGUAUAAAAGGGACAGUCAGCAGGACGGGAUCAUGGGUGACACAGGUGUAACAUUUUGACGAUUUGUUGCGUGUGCAACCCACUGUGGGAGAUUUAAAAAGUAGCAGUUAGCGGCUAACUCAAAGAAGAAGAACAGUUGCAGGAAAUGUCCGCAAAUUGGGAAAAUAGUGAAGUCCGGGAGCUCCUUAACCUCUGAGAUCAGCUGCCAUACAACAGGGAUGGUCAAUUACAAUUAGAUUAUUAUUGCCAUGUUAUGCCAUUGUUAUUGUUUAUAAAGCACUGCUGACGCAUAUGUUAUAUGUCACACUAGAGACCGACGCUGAUGUGUUACGUGUCACGCCUGUCACUUCUCUUGUGAUUCUGCGAUUGCAGCAUGCUGCCUAAAAUCACAGGGGAACAGAAUGAUGCCGCUAUCAUAUGGUUCUGUGUGUAAAUUCAAAGGCGGUGUAAAGAAGGGACUUCAUAACAGCCCUAUAUUGCGAUCUCUGUGUAAAAUAGACUCUUGUCUUUCACCCCCUCCCGGCAGGCAUAUCUGUUGAGAUUUUCACUCAGCGUCUGUAUUGAGGUGUUAUUAUACAGCAGAGAUAGUUUUUAGUUGGCAUCGUCUCUUAGAAGUGAAUCAAUUGUAUUUUCAUCCCACUGAUAAUAUUUAGGUUUAGCCGUGUGAGACAAAGCUGUUUCAGGUGGUCGGAGUUUACCAGGGUGAUGGCAGGAUGGAUGUGUGCUCAGAUGGAUGACGAAUGGAUGGAUUGAUGGUUGAGUAAAUGGGCAGAUGGAUGGUGAUGGUGAGUGAAUGAGUAGACCCCAUAUGAGAUUUGAAAAUGCUUUAUUUUUUAUAAUAAAACAGGGUUCUCAGAUCAACACCACCACAGUAGUACAUUUUCAUUUCUUCCUUUUCCUAUUGAAACAUCAUCAUCAUUAGAAAUAGUCGUAUGUGUGCAUGUUUUGCAAUCUGUGUGUGUGGCUGUGAGUUUUAUAAAUGUAUGUGCAUGUCCAUUUUUUUUUUUUUUUGUCCAACCCCUCUUCCCAACAAAUGAAAAAGCAGAACCACAACAUCGAAACGAACUUGUCAGCCACUCAGACCAUCAAAACGUUUACUGUCAGUCAGGUUAAAAACACUUUUUAGCCAAAGCCAAGUAAUGCUGAUGUUGCUUUGGUCACUUCAGAAAGCAAUAGUACGACAAUAUUCAGGCACUCUCCUCAUGUAUGAGUGGAACACACACACAGACACACACACACACACACACACACAUGCACACACAUCAUUCCACUCAAAUUCUCUGCAAUAAACAUUUAAUAAUAAUAAUCUUGCAUUACAACCAAAACAAUUCCUCCUUUCCUCCCAUAGAGAAAAUACAGUCUCGCCAUAACUGAAAAAUAUUUUUAGAAGCUAAUUUACCUGAACACAACUCGCUUCAGUUAGCACUAUUCCCCUUGUCAUAGAGUACAUUUAAAUCUUAGGAAAUUGCAGUGGCAACAGUAGUUGCUAGCUUUUCAGGGAAGUGUCUCAUAUAUGCAGUAACUGACCCCCAAAACCUCCGCUGUCCCAGCUGGUCAGAGUCAUAAUCUCUGUCGUCACGCUGCAGGUGAGCAUUACGCCACACGCAGCUGACAUUAACCAGCAGAUAUUUUGACUCCGCCCAGGUUUGCCUCGUUGCCACGACUCCUGUAGUGACCUCGUUAACUUUGUUUCAGGUACCCAAUCAUAGCCAGCCAGCCUCACUCCUCCUCCUGAGGCAAAGCAAUCAAUUAACCCUCAACAACCGUUAGCUACCUUUCAGUGUGGCCUGGCCGGGACAUAGCAGGGCUGGCCUGGGCUGCCUGUUCCCCUCCUAACAUCACCUUUUUGAUAUUCGGUCUCCUUUCCAGCUUAUAAAGGUCAUUGUGUUUAUACUUCAGUGGAAAUGCAUGCUUAGUAAUAGACUAUGAAACAAAGCAAUCUGAAAUGUAGACACAUUCUGAAUGCAGGAGAGGGAACGGCAUGUCACAGCAAGGUUUCAACAUUUUUUGAGGGUUUGGUGUAGUUUUUAAUUUUGUUCACAUAAUCCCAAGUUUGAUCUUUUUAUCCCCUUGAAAUGUACCACAAUGUGCAAUACUUACAUUUUGUUUCCAGCCCUUUUGCUGUGCCAAGUGUAUGUAGCAUAGUCCUACUCCAGUGUCUCAUCCAUGUUGAUGGCUUGUGUAUUUUACUGUCUGUUGAUGUGAGUGUGUGUCACAUCUGUAAAACAAGAGUCAGGAUGUUUGUGAAGAGAAACAAACCUUUCUUUCCCCCUUUUGUCCUCGUGGCCUUCCUAAAUUUGAGCGUGUGUUUGGUGUGUGUGUGUGUGUCUGCACCGUGUCUCAUGUGUGUAGUAUGCGUGCUUACGUACACCUGGUGUUCAAAUGUGUGCGAGCGGGUUAGGGUUUGAGUGUAUGCGUGUGUGUAACGGAGUGUUUCCUCCUCUAAUCGUCUGUGAGAUCGUAAACCCUGACCCUCGAUGGUUCACGGUGAGACCCACAGAAAAAAAAAGAAACCUCAUUGCUUAGUGGGGACCACUUUUUGUAAAAAAAAGAAAAAAAAGAAAAAGGACAAAAAAAACAACCAACCAACAGAGAUGCACAUGUAAGUAGAUGUAAAAGACUUGAUAAUGUUUCAGCACUUUCUAAUCCUAGGACGGGCUUGGUCUAACCCCUCUGUCUCAGACCGAUACCUUCCCUAGGGGCAACAUUCAUUCAAAACAGACAGAGAGAAUGAGAAUGAAAAGAAGGGGUGAAUAAGGAUGAAAAAAGAGAUGGCUCAGUUUAAGUUUUUGCACAUCACCUUGCCGUAACCUUGUGUUUAUCUGUCUGUGCUCCAUCUCGCUUGGCGCCCGGCGCGUUCUUGGGUCCAACGGGCCGAGGUGUUAGGUGGUUCCUUGGUUCUUUUCUACUAGGAAAACCUUUUCUCAUGGAAUGCAUCCCUUCUUUUGUUGUGUUCGGGUUUGUUUGGAAUCUUUUCCGCCCUACUCCGACCACGCUGUGCUGUUAAUUAGGUUGUCUUUAGUUCACAUUUUAAAAAUCUAAUUUGGCAGACGUGUUUGUAAGGCACAGCUGGGUUUGGUCGUGCGGUGUGAAAACGGUGCGUACAAACCUUUUGCUUUGUUUGCAUUAUCUUUGGUGCAGGAGCUUUUUCUGUGUUUUUGGUCUCCUUGUAGCACUCAAUAUAAAUGUCAGGGGACUGAAAACUAUGUAGAGAAUGUGUCAUUGUUGAGUUUUUAUGACAAGCUUCCUCACUGGAGGAACACUGCUAAUGUCGUCUUUUUUUUUUUUUUUUUAAUUGGCUUCUUGCACAAUUUUACAAAUAAAAUGAAUGUUGGUGUGUGAGCUUUGACUUUUCGAUCAGAAAAAAAGGCAUGUGUGCUCUUUGUUUCUUGAUGUUUGUACUUUCAUUUUGCAAAAAGGAUGUGUUUUUGGCACUUUGUUGUGUUUUAAAAGUGAACAGAAUUCGAUCAGGAUUCCUUUUUUUUUUUUUUUCAUUCUUUUUUUUUUUUU